CUCGAUCCAGCUGCUGCUGCUGCUGUCUGCCUGCUGACGGUGAGAGCGCGCGUACGUGCGUGCGUGCAAUCUGCUUUCCGCUCGCGGCGAGCAACAACUUCAAUGUAGCGAAGACCAUGACAGGCAUCGCCGCCGCCUCCUUCUUCUCCAACAUCUGUCAAUUCGGGGGCUGCGGACUGCACUUCGAGUCGCUGGCCGAGCUCAUCGUGCACAUCGAAGAUAACCACAUCGACACAGAUCCUCGCGUGUUGGAGAAACAGGAACUUCAGCAGCCCACAUAUGUCGCCCUUAGCUACAUUAACAGGUUCGUGACAGAUGCUGCACGCCGGGAUCAUGAAUCUCUAAAGAAGAAGGUUCAGCCAAAGCUGUCACUCUCAUUGAUGGGCAGCCUUUCACGCAACAGCGUGGCCACGCCCCCUCGCCACAAUAGCGGGAAUCUCACUCCGCCCGUCACCCCGCCCAUCACGCCCUCGUCCUCAUUCAGGAGCAGCACCCCUACAGGUAGCGAGUAUGAUGAAGAAGAAGCAGAAUAUGAAGAGUCAGACAGCGACGAGUCGUGGACCACCGAAAGUGCCAUUAGUUCAGAAUCCAUCCUCAGCUCCAUGUGCAUGAACGGAGGCGAUGAGAAACCGUUUGCGUGCCCUGUGCCCGGAUGCAAAAAGAGAUACAAGAAUGUGAAUGGUAUUAAGUACCACGCCAAGAACGGCCAUCGCACCCAGAUUCGCGUUCGCAAGCCCUUCAAGUGCCGGUGUGGUAAAAGCUACAAAAGCUCUCAGGGGCUCAGACACCACACCAUCAACUUUCAUCCCCCCGUCUCUGCCGACAUCAUCCGUAAGAUGCAGCAGUAGAGUGCCAACCAACCCAUCAGCAUGCACAAACACAUGUAAAAUACAUAAUACUGUACAUCCACGCACAUCCCAAUACACCUCCAUUUCCGUUUGCACCAGCAGCUAACUCCGAUCAGUCUUUUGUCCUCUCACAUCCAAAAAAUGUCUAAAGGACAUUUGUCUCCCUAACGUAUGUUACUCUUUAUAUGAGUAAAAACAUUUGAGCUUUUCAUUCUACUCCUCAUGAAGAGGAGACGUUCAUAUUUUUAUACUCCUCUUACUCAGUGAAUACCCACUGUCAUUCCCUACCUCCAUGAAGAGCAUUUGGCUCAGCUUUCCAUACUCAAAACACUACAUUUUGUAUUGCAUGCUUUAAUUUUUUUAUUUCCUCUGCUUAUUUGUAUUGUAUCAAGAGUUCACAGUUUUGUAUUUUUGCACAUUCGCUAUCAUUCUUUCUUCUCAUCUUUUUUUUAUGUAAGGUGCUUAUUGUUAAAGAGAAUCUUGUGUUGUUUUAUUGAGAAAAAAAAGUUGCCCUGAAGGAGACUUUACAAAUGAAACCAGCUGAAUGAAGUAGCUUGAAUCCUUCUCCUGUAAAACUUUAAAACAGGAACGGCUUGAAUGUUUGUAUUAAAACAAUAUAUCUACCGUGUAUAAGCAACAUUCCUAGCUAUAUAUUGUGUAUAUAAACUUUCAUAGGCAGAAAUUCUAUACUUUAUUUCCAGACAGCAGGCGAGUCCAGGCCGGAUCAGCGCCGGAGUCAGCAGCUCCCGUACGGAUCCGGCCCGGAGUCGUCUGCUGUCUGGGUCCUUACAGUUUAUUUUGUGUAAUACCAUCUGAAUUUAAGGACUGACAAUAUUGAUUUAAUGAGUAUGUGCAGUAUUUUUAAUAGUGCUGUGUCCAUUUUGAUGAAUUUUGAGUUAAAGCACCAAGUGACUCUCAGGUGACAAAUCGCUAGUUUUUCAGAUUCAUAAUCUGGCCCUGAUUUUAAGAAGAGUAAGCUGUUACACACUUCUCGGAUCCAUUGUGACCGGUGAACUUAAAGAACCUAAAGCACUUUGUGACGAGUUGCCAACCUGUGUAAGAAAUGACGUAUUGCCAACAUGUCUGAUAUAACAUUUCACAUUUUAGUUUCAUUUUUAUUUUCUAAUCAAGGGAAUUCAUUUUUGUUUGCUAUACCUUCAUUGGUUUGUUAGUGAGAUUAUUUUGAUUGGAUUGCGGUAGACCACAGCAUUCCAGUACAGUAUAUGUGUAUCCAAGUGUCAGUCAAAUGUCUGAUUCAUGCAUUGUUCUGUUUCACGUGAUCUUAAUAUGCACCCCUAACAUUGAUAAGCUGUAAAUUGAGGAAAACCUGUGCCAAGUUGCCCUGUUCACUAGAGCUACAGUAUGUAAGUCCAAACCACCCAUAACAUAUUUAAGGAUUAAAAAAUGUACAUUUGCACCAGAAUGGUACUUAGGGGGUGAAAUAAAUGAGAGUCACUAGACCCUCCAAAAACCACAGGCAGAUCAGGGCCCACUCAUGACAUCACUCCAUGGACGUUUCUGUUGUUAUGCAGUAUCAGUUUAGAUAAACAUCAUGACAGUAUUACACUGCCAAUACAGAGGGAAGUAUUUGAUAUAUUGUGUACUUAAUGUAUUGUUAACGUCUAUAUGUAAGUGCUUUAAAUUAUAUUUUCCUAAGUUUCCGGACAAUAAUGUUCAUACAUAUUAUGAAGUCAAACACCAGAGGUUGUUUUUGAACUGGUGACAUUUUCUGCAACAAAAUUCAAAAAAGAAAAAAAAGCUGCUUUGUAAAUGUAAACCUGGUUACAUUUUAAACA